UUGACCCUCCUCUCCUCCCCCCGGCAGCCCCCACCUCCACCCCCGACGUCACCUUCACCCGGGGGCGUGGCUAACAGUCCCCAGUCCCCGCCCCCUGCUUCGAGAGAACCAAUCACACAGCGGCUGAAUGACCUCAUGACCUCUGGCUCCAGAACCAGGAAGCAGUGUCUGCGCAGCCUUAAGAGAGGGCUGUCACUCAAACUGGGCUCCAGUCCUGCAGACUGCAGUCACCUCCCUCCUGAACAGAGAAGAAAGAAACUUCAGACCAGAAUCAACAACAUCAACCAGGAGAUCCAGAGAGAGAGAGAGCAGAGGGGGGUUUAUGAACGAAGUCCUCAGAUGGGCGACCCCGGCAGUGUGGAGCCUCGACUGGACGAAGUGAGACAGAGUCUGCAGAGACUGGAGGACGAGCUGAGGACACACCAGGCGUGGCUGUCGGAGGCGGACAGCAGACUGGCUGAUCACAGCAGCAGGAGGCAGAGUGGAGGUUUGGUGACGACGCCCGGCAGCAGCAGCCUGAAACAGCUCGACAACCGCAGUCCAGCCAGCAGAGAGAGUCCUGACGGCAGCUACACUGAAGACAACAGCGCAGAGCUUCAGUUUAAGUCUCGUAGUUCGGAGUUUGAUGACGACUUUGAUGAUGAAGAACCGUUACCGAGUAUCGGCACCUGCAAGUCCCUCUACCCGUUCCAAGGUCAGAAUGAAGGCACGCUGUCGAUGGUGGAGGGGGAACUACUUUCUGUGGUGGAGGAGGACAAAGGUGACGGUUGGACCAGAGUGCGGAGGAACCUGGAGGAGGAGGGAUACGUCCCCACCUCCUACAUCAAAGUCUUCCUGGACAGCAGCGCCAAAGGCUUUGUGCAGAGUAGUCGGCUAGUCUAGCACAGUAAUCCACCAAUGAGGACGUCUCGCCACAGGAAGUGAUGUAAAGGAAAGAGUUCUGAGGAAGUCGGGUAACAGCUUUUCAUUGGACAGUUAAACUCUUGAAAUAUCUCGGCCAAUCAGAUGACAGACUGCUGUCGAUACACAAGGGAAGAGAGGGUGAACCGAUGUCAGACAUUAGACAGGUCCCAAACACACAGAUCAGACAUAAGAUAGGUCCUAAACUCACAAAUCAGACAUUAGACAGGUCUCAAACACACAUAUCUGACAUUAGACAGGUCCCAAACACACAGAUCUGACAUUAGACAGAUCCCAAACACACAGAUCAGACAUUAGACAGGUCCCAAA